GAGAGAAACCCUAUGAAUGUAAUCAGUGUGGUAAAGCCUUUGCAAGACCCAGUCAUGUCCAAUGUCAUAAGAGAACACAUACUGGAGAGAAACCCUAUGAAUGCAAUCAUUGUGGUAAAGCCUUUGCACGUCACAGUUAUCUCCAAUGUCAUAAAAGAACACAUACUGGAGAGAAACCCUAUGAAUGUAAUCAAUGUGGUAAAGUCUUUUCACAACACAGUCAUCUCCAAUGUCAUAAAAGAACACAUACUGGAGAGAAACUCUAUGAAUGUAAUCAAUGUGGUAAAGCCUUUGCAGAACUCAGUAAUCUCCAACGUCAUAAAAGAACACAUACUGGAGAGAAACCCUAUGAAUGUAAUCAAUGUGGUAAAGUCUUUUCACAUCACAGUAAUCUCCAACAUCAUAAAAGAACACAUACGGGAGAGAAACCCUAUGGAUGUAAUCAAUGCGGUAAAGCCUUUGCACUACUCUCUAGUUUCCAAUGUCAUAAAGGAACACAUACCGGAGAGAAACCCUAUGAAUGUAUUCAGUGUGGUAAAGCCUUUGCAAGACCCAGUCUUCUCCAAUUUCAUAAAAGAACACAUACUGGAGAGAAACCCUAUGAAUGUAAUCAGUGUGGUAAAGCCUUUGCAAGACCCAGUCAUCUCCAAUAUCAUAAAAGAACACAUACUGGAGAGAAACCCUAUGAAUGUAAUCAAUGUGGUAAAGCCUUUGCAGGUCACAGUAAUCUCCAACGUCAUAAAAGAACACAUACUGGAGAGAAACCCUAUGAAUGUAAUCAAUGUGGUAAAGCCUUUGCAGGUCACAGUAAUCUCCAACGUCAUAAAAGAACACAUACUGGAGAGAAACCCUAUGAAUGUAAUCAAUGUGGUAAACUCUUUGCAGGUUACAGUAAUCUCCAAUGUCAUAAAAGAACACAUACUGGAGAGAAACCCUAUGAAUGUAAUCAAUGUGGUAAAGUCUUUUCACAACUCAGUAAUCUCCAACAUCAUAAAAGAACACAUACUGGAGAGAAACCCUAUGAAUGUAAUCAAUGCGGUAAAGUCUUUUCACAACACAGUCAGUUCCACCAUCUGCCUGCACUUUGACCCCAUGAGUGUUAAAUGA